AUGAAAAGGAAGAAGAAAGCAACUGUGCAUUCUUCUCAAGUUUCAGGAACAGUUGCCAAACAAGAUCCUGUAGCCAGGGAGGAAGAUAUCCCCAAAGUUGUCUCGGACGUUUUACUUGAACUUCUUGGUGCGGUGUCUGGAGGUACCUCCGAAUGUGUGUCGGAAAGUCUUCCAAAUCCAUGCUUUCCAUUAGUUUCUGAAGGAAUGUCUUCAGCCACACCUAAAGCUUUAUCUUACCUUGUAUCGAAGGCAUGCAAUUCUGCAUCUUUUUCAGAAAGCAAAAGUGUUCAAGGAACAAUUUUUAACCAUGAUGCUUCGCCAGAUGUAUCUGGGGCCAAACCGAAAUCUGUAUCGCCAACGAAAGAAGCCACCCUCGAAAACACCAGAAAAUCAAGAAAAACUCAUGAAUCAAGAAAGGAAGAAACUCAAAACAGUUCAAAUGGACUUGAUCUAGAUUUUGUCUCAGGAAGAAAAAAAAAAUUUCGUAAAUCAAAUAAAAAUGCCAUUUUUGUAACAGAUGAUGGUUGGGAUACUGGAACUAGUGACAAUAUCAUGGCAUACUCAGGGUAUCUCCAAAAUUUGCAAGCAGAUCAGCUCACUUUUGCAAGGCAUGUAAUGAGUUGUCUCCGGGAGAAUGAAGUAUUCCACUAUUUCCUCUCAGGUCCGCCUGGGAGUGGCAAAAGUCACACUGUCAAAAUUCUCGCUCAGUUGGUAAACAGCCUUUUCAAAGAUGCAUCUGGGUUAUCCUCGGUGUUAGUUAUGGCGCCCACCGUCAAAACUGCCUCUAUAGUAAAUGGAAUAACUUUAGAAGAAGGUUUAGCAAUUCCAAUGUUGUGUUAUGAAUUUCCUACUUUACCCAAGUUACCAGCCUGCACUGUGGAAUUUUUACAUUCUCAACUGAAAUCAGUUAAACUUAUAAUUAUUGAUGAAAUUUCCAGUGUCGGUGAAUGCCUUAUCGCUCACAUCAAUGCUCGUCUAAAACAGAUUUUCAAAAAAUCCAUCAUCUUUGCAAAUUUACCUGUACUUCUAGUGGGCGACUUGAAUCAAGUGCCCGCUAAAAAUGAUUCUCCCAUCUACAAGAACGAAUCUUUGUGGAAAAAUUUCAGGUUUUAUGAACUUAAGACAAUUUUCAGGCAUGCAGAUGACCCUGUUUUCUCCCGCAUCUUAAUCAACUUCAGCAAAGGGAAGCUCACAGAGGAUGAUUUAGAGAUCCUUAAUCAAAGAAAUUUUGAAAUUGCAGAAAGUUUAAUAUGCCCUUGUCUUCGUAAUUUUUAUAUAUUCUGUGAUGCAGAUCAGGUAAACUGUUUCAAUGACCACUCAUUAAGCAACCUGGAUGGAUGUAAAUAUCUAUCUGUGGCUGAAGACCAUUUAUCAGGGCCAGUUAAAUCUGAAAAUACCGACAAAAUGAUAGAAUGUCUCAAAAGUAAACCAUUAUUUGAUAUUGAGGGACUUCCACAUUUGCUAGUACUAAAAGAAUCUGCCAAGUACAUGAUUUCUCAUGACAUAGAUAAAACUGCUGGCCUUGGAGCAGGUGUGAUUGGGAUCAUAAAGAAUAUCAUAAUGGAAGAUAACAAAGUUGAAAAAAUUGUUUUUGAACUUGAAGACCGGAUUGCUUUGCCCUGGGCGAAGAAAAAAACUUGUGCACCCUUCAAGUCAAAGGGAAUAGUCAUCACAAAAAUGACUUGUAUUUUACGUCAUAAUUUCUGUCACAACUUAAAUUAUGAGAGACGACAGUUUCCUUUGAUACCAGCUGAAGCAGUUCAGAUUGAUGACAUCCGUGGCCGCACUGCCAAUUGUAUAUGUAUUCCUAUUCAUGUCUCUGCUGAAAUGAGAGGCAAAAUUCUUUACACGGCCUUAAGUCGCGUGAAAACCCUAAAAGAUCUCCAUUUCAUCGGUUGCAUCACUGAAGCCCACUCCAUCCAGGAUAAGGAACUAGAAGCACAAUUCAUUCAACUUCAUAAAAAUGCUCUUUUACUCUCAUCAGAAGUCCAUCAUAGAAAAGGAGAGGUGACAGUUUGCUAUCAAAAUUUAAAUUUCUGUAAUUCAAAAACUCGAAGGGAUCAUGGUUUUCAGUCGCUUGUCCCAACGGAUAAAUAG